UGGCUACGCCCGCCUAUUGCCACAGCUCCCGCCUCGCCCCUCCCGUGGCGCGCCCGUCCCUGCUGCCUUUCUUUUCUUUUCUUUUCUUCUUUUUUUUUUUUUUUUUUUCCAACCCCCCUACUCAGCCAUCAAGGAUUUUUGUUUUCCCUGCCCUUCUUGAAAAACGCCUCGUGAGCUCGUGUCGCCGCGCCGCAGCGACCAGGGAAGCCCCGCGCGGGACGGCAUCGCAAGCCGAGGUGAGGUGAGACAAGGCAAGUCCAGCAGCCAAGGACAAAAGAGGGAGCGGACCUCGGCUGCCACCGCGGAAGGGGCAUCGGCCUCAAGACUCCUUAUUUCAUUUGAUAACUGAGGGAAGCGUAUUGAAUAUCUCUGCCAUGACCAAAGCAGAAAUGGGCAAGUUUAACAUCUCUCCAGAUGAGGACAGCAGCAGCUAUAGCUCCAAUAGCAAUGACUUCAGCUAUUCAUACCCAACCAAACCAACUGCUAUGAAGAGCCAUUACGUAGAUAUGGAUCCAGAAAAUCAAAAUUUUUUACUUGAAUCCAAUCUUGGAAAGAAGAAAUAUGAAACGGAAUAUCAUCCGGGUACUACUUCCUUUGGAAUGUCAGUAUUUAAUCUGAGCAAUGCAAUUGUGGGUAGUGGCAUUCUUGGACUUUCUUAUGCCAUGGCUAACACUGGAAUUGCUCUCUUUGUGAUUCUCUUGAUAUUUGUGUCAGUGUUUUCUUUGUAUUCAGUUCACCUCCUCUUGAAGACAGCCAAUGAAGGAGGGUCUUUAUUAUAUGAACAAUUAGGACUGAAGGCAUUUGGUUUAGCUGGAAAACUUGCAGCUUCUGGAUCAAUUACAAUGCAGAACAUUGGAGCUAUGUCAAGCUACCUCUUCAUAGUGAAAUACGAGUUACCGUUGGUCAUCAAGGCAUUUAUGAACAUUGAAGAAAGCACAGGUGAAUGGUACCUAAAUGGUGACUAUUUGGUUAUACUGGUGUCUUUACUGCUCAUUCUUCCUUUGUCACUGCUAAAAAACUUAGGAUAUUUAGGAUAUACAAGUGGCUUUUCCUUACUGUGUAUGGUCUUCUUUCUUAUUGUUGUAAUUUGGAAAAAGUUCCAGAUCCCUUGUCCUAUGGACCAUGACCUGGUGAACACAACACUGAAUGGCACAGUGACGCAUUCAGCAAUUGCUGCAACUGUUGCAACCACAGUUGUUCAAAACUUCACUAGUGAUGACAUGUGUACACCAAAAUAUUUCAUCGUCAACUCGCAGACUGUCUAUGCUGUACCAAUCUUGACUUUUUCGUUUGUCUGUCAUCCUGCCAUUCUUCCUAUUUACGAAGAGCUGAAAGGCCGAAGCCGAAGAAGAAUGAUGAAAGUAUCCAAUGUUUCCUUCUUUGCCAUGUUUCUCAUGUAUUUAUUGGCUGCUCUUUUUGGAUACCUGACAUUUUAUGGAAAUGUGGAGCCAGAAUUGCUUCAUACUUACUCUGAAGUCCUGGGUACAGAUGUUGUCCUUCUUAUUGUGCGUCUAGCUGUGCUUUUAGCUGUGACUCUCACUGUUCCUGUAGUUAUCUUCCCAAUCCGCAGUUCAAUCACCCAGUUGCUAUGUGCCAGCAAAGAGUUCAGUUGGGUGCGUCACUGUUUGAUUACUGUAUCUCUUUUGGUGUUUACCAAUGUCCUUGUCAUCUUUGUCCCAACAAUUCGAGAUAUAUUUGGAUUCAUUGGUGCCUCAGCUGCUGCCAUGCUGAUCUUUAUACUUCCUUCUGCAUUCUAUAUUAAACUUGUCAAGAAAGAACCAGUUAAAUCAGUCCAGAAGAUUGGGGCUAUACUCUUCCUGCUUGCUGGCAUACUUGUGAUGACUGGAUGUAUGACCUUGAUUAUUCUAGAUUGGACCCACAAUUCUGGAUCUGAUGGACAUUAACUGUCUUGAUUUAAUAUCAAAUACUCCACUUCAGAUGCCAGUGUUCACUCAAAUAUCUGAGAAUGAAAAUCACCUAAGUUUGCUUCCUUUAAAAUGCAGAUUCUUCAAUGCUGGUUCUUCUGACUGUAGAAUAAGUGAACUCUUUAAAAGAAACUAUUCUGCAUGAUGGAAAACUUAACACCAAACCGCAUGAGUCUCUGGCUGAGGGAAGUGACAAUAUUAUUCCAUUCCACAGAAUGGACAGAACUCUCUGUAGACUUUUAUCAAGCCAUGUUUGGCUUUUGUCAUUGUUACUUGGAUAUUUUAUUUUACUUGAAUGUGCCUAAUGGAACUAUUUGAUGUGAGAAAUAACUCUUAAUUUACAGCAAAGUGUUUUAAAUAACCAAUGAGAGAGAGAGAACACUAUUAUUUUUUUGUACCAAAAAUUCUUAUGGACCUCAAAGCACUAUUUUGACUUUAAGAGAACUUUUUUUUUUUAAAAAAAAUAAAACUAUCCCAAAAAUUUACAAAAUCAUAUAAAGCUAUUUAGUCUGCAUUCUAAAUUUAAUACAGCUUGCCUUUCUAUAGGGGCAUAAUUAGGUUUUUAUUUUGUUUUGAUUUGGGUUUUUUGCUUAUUUUGGCCAUUAGAAAUAACUUGUUAAAUUAAUCAAUGUCCCAGCUUUUUUGUCAGUCUGCUAUUGUUGAUUAACUGAAUUUCACUGAGAACUCUUUCUAUUACAACAGUUAAUUAAACAAGUCCAUUCUUGAUGUCCUAAGUCAGCAUACCAAAUUUAAAUAUACUAUUUAUAUUCUCAAAAAAUGGUAAUGUAACUCAAAUUUUCAGGCUUUUAUUUAUUUUUUUUAAAUUAGGCUAUUGGAAAUGGAUGGCGUUAGAAACUUUUUUUUCUAUAAUAAACAUAGAGAAAUUUUUUUGGUAAAGAUGUUGAUAUUUCCCUUCUUGAGGUACUCAAUAGUGCAAUUGGGUAAAACAGGGUUUUUUUUUUUUUCUUUUCGGCUAUAGCUGUUUACUAAAUCAUACUGGGUCAUAUCAUGUCAUUGAUAGACAGAACUCUUCAUUGAGUUUAAUGAGGAGUACUGCUUAAUAAUGGUAUUGUCAAUUAUAGCUGUGCUUUGGGUUUUGUGGAGUGUUUUUGUUUUUGGUCAACCUUUGACCAUCAGACGUACACUAUUAUAAAGAGGUCCUGCUAUAGUUUACUAAUUGUACAGUAUUUACAAACUGUACAGUAUUUCUUAAAUUAUUCAUCCAGUAUUGGAUUUUUAAUUACUUGAUGAUUUUUGUUCCUGUUUUUGUCCAUACUAAAAGUCUAAUCCACAAACUGCACCAAUACUUGGUGCUCAGUACAAAUUCUCUUCACAUGGGCAACUGGGAUAUCUCAUGCAACACGCUGUCCAGUAGUAUUAAAUUUCCUCAUGGACUGGAUUGUCAUCUCAUACACUUUGCUUCAAAAAUAGAUACAUUUUUGGAACCUAAUCAGGUAGCUAAGGAAAUAGGUGCUGUAUGGUUGUAAUUAGCUGUUUUGUUUCUCUUGCAUGUUUGCUUUCUUCCUUAUCCCAGAUUGAAGAGAAAUGGUACUUGCAUUUAAGAGCACACUUGAUUUACCAACAGGUUUUCAAGCACCAUUAUGAUGGAUUUGAAAACCCAGACAGAGCUUAUUAAAGAGAUAGUCAUGAUACUGUGUUUAGCUAUUUUUAUCUGGCAUGAUGUUUUUAAAAUAUGAUCAGUGAAAUUCCAUUUAGAGUUGUGUCAGAGGGAACAAAUAAUGGCAUAUAAUCAGUUGAAUUAGCAGCACUGAAGAUCUAUUCUUGUAAAAUUAACCGGGAUUAAUUCUAGGUAAUAGUCACUGUUUGGCAGAUGAUAUUUAUCUUUGUCCAGCCUUUUAUGGAAAAAUUGCAGAUGUUGUCGUCUGUUUAUACUUGUACAUGACUACAACAACUAAUGACCACAUCCAUAGCAUACAAGUAUAAUAAGCUUCAUUUCUCUUAUCUAGCUUGUAUGAUUAGUCCAGUGGUUCUCAGCCUGCAAUGUUAGACCUCAUCAGUGCUUCUCCUACUAUUAGAGUGAACAUCAUACUCUCAUCAAUUAUACAUGCUGCCUGAUAUGCCUGUGCAGGAGUGCUGAGCAAAUGUCUUGGUGCUAAGAAUAUUUUUCUUCCUGCUCCCUAUAAACAUGGAAAUAUGGAGGAAGAUUUAAAAUGCCCUCCCUCCAUGUAACUUGUAGGAUGCAGGGGAUGAAGAGAUUACAUAUCCAGCAUCAAAGGGAGUGAAAAAUUGACAUUUUUCUUUCUCUGAAACAAUAAAAGAGCAAGAGGGUAAAAGAGAGAGAUCUCUCGGUUCCCCUCAGAAGCAGAGGGGAGAUGAGAUGUAGAUGUUUUCGUGAUAGCAUCUUAUCAUGUUGUAUCAAUACUUUUUGAGUCCUAAUGCAGCAAGUGUCUGACAUUUAGUUCUCCAGCUAUUACAGUUGAGUACCACUUGGCUAGAUUUUUCUCCAAUAUAUGGUUGGUUGGUUUGUUUGGUUUGGUUUUGUAAAUCUGUCUGCUUCAAGGUUCAUUAACAACAUACAACCUAAAAUGAGCAGCUUCAGUAUUAAACCACUGUUUCAUCACCUCAUUUUUCAUUGCUGUCUUCCAUGAUAUUUCAGUCAUAACUGUAACAUGUUAUUUAUAGAGCAUUAAUCUGUUAAAGCUAAACCUAUUUUUCAAUAUUUAUGAUAGACUAUGUAAAUAAAUUGUAUGUGUAUGUAUAUACUGUAAGUAUACUGUAUAUAAUAGGUUUGGGACUUCGGGUUUAUGUAUAUAUUUCUGUCAUUGCUGAUCAUCACAUUGCUUCAAUAAACCAUUCCCAUUUUACAUCUGUGUAAGACCUAUCAAAGGAACGUUGGUUGGGUUUUUUUGUUGCUUUUUGGGUGGGGGGUUACAGAAGAUUCGUGCUUUAAAAAUGGAAAAUUUUAUUACACAAGGUGUGUAAGAGUAUGCUAGCAUCAAAGACUUUAUUUAUUAUGAAUGUAUAUGUUGCAAUAAACACGAGUCAUUUUGGUCCAUAAAAAUGCAUAAUUCCGAUUCUUCUCAGAUAAGACAAUUUCCCAAAUGCAUUAGCUACUUCAUAUGCAGGUAUCCUAUGGUACAUGUUUGUAUAUAUUGUAUAGAUCCACUGUAUUGUUAGAGAACAACAAUGCAACUACAAUUGUUGGCAGAGUGCUACACAGUUUCAAUGAAACAUUGUAUGUUUGUUUUAACUGAACUAAAAUAAACAAAUAGAUAAUCCUUA